AUGCUCGGGAGCUUGGACGUCACCACCGGAGAUGCUCUGCGCAGCUUCCACGACGCACUUGAUCAAGCCCAGCAGUCGCUCCAGCGGGAUGAGAAGCGCCUCAGCGCAACGGUGCAGCUGCUGAGCGAUCUGACGCUCGAGGUGGACCACCUAAAGGCGGAGAGGGCUCCCAGCAGCGCCACUUGUCAGAGACGAGAAGCACUUCAAGCAGAAAAGGUAAAGGCACUGCAGCACACACGACAUCAGCGCGAGGCCAUUGCCGCGACGGCGGACCACAUCCAGCAUCUGCAAGCGCCUCGCCUGAAGCUCACCAAGAGGGUGGAUGCGCUGAGGAUCGAUGUGAAGGUACUCCGCCGGCAGUAUGGGCUGCGUGCAGCGCAGGUCCAUGCAUUCAUCGCGCAGUUUUUGCAGCCGCAGAACAGUCUUGAAAAUCUUCGAUGUCAGCUUGCACAGCUUCAGCAGGAGCACGCAACACAGGCGGAGGCUGUGAAGAUGGCCCAGCGGCGUCUGGAAGAGCAGAAGGCAGAUUUAGCUGCACUUGAAGCUGCUGACAGGCUUGGCACAACAAGUGAUUCAAACGGAAACGCCACCGCUGGCAAUGGAAAAGCACCACGGACGAAGAGCGGUGAUGAAGCUGCGGCAGUGUCGACACUAGCGACUGGCGGCAACGACGUGCAGCUAGACGCUGCGGACGAAGAGUGUGCUGCGGACGUGCCUCUUUUCACUGAAGCGGAAAGGUGCGCUGAGGCGACGAGGCGGCGUUCUGCGCAGGUGGCAGCACACAAAUCCGCCGAGACGCAGCAGGUCGAAGAGAGAACGAGGCUCGAGGCCCUCCGCGUGGAUCUGAAGCGGCGGGUUUUGCUGCUUUGCCAAGAGAUUGAAGAGGCCGACGCAGCGCAGCAGCGAGAGCAAAAGGCGUAUCAUGACGCGUUGAAUGACGCUGUAGGCGAAGCUGAUGGAGGUGUGCUUCGGCAGUGCAAGAGAUGUUCGUGCGACCUUUUUGGCGGCUUCUCGUGA